GGCUUAUCCCAGACCUCCAGAAAGACAGCCGCAAGCUGGGUUAGGACUAGCUACAUGCUGGUCUGGAGGGAGUGGGAGAUGGUUCCCAAGGUCCCAUCUGAGUAGCAUGUAGUAUAGGUUGUGUUUCAAAAGCCACAGAGAGCCCCGUCUGUAUUGCAUGAUCUCAGGAGGAGAAGCAAGGGCAUAUUUUAAGAGGUGAGGAAGCUAAGGUAUACUGAGUCAAGGAAGACCUAGGGAAGGAAUCUCCUUGAGCAGCUUCCAUUUUCCAAGUGGCUUUUGUUGAUUGGAAUACAGAUUGAAAACUUGGAAGCAGCAUGUUUCGCCUCCUGAAGCUGAUUGUGAUCUCAGUGAUUCUGGCCCCAGUAGGUGAUUCUCAGGGCCUGUCUGACACGGCUGUAUCGUUCCCUAAGCUGAGAGUGCAUGUGGGUGAUUCAGCUUUCAUGGGAUGUGUUGUCCAGAGCGCAGACAAGAAACACGUGGUCAAAGUAGACUGGAUACUCUCAAAAGGGGAACGUGCUGAGAGUGAGUAUGUACUGUACUAUUACUCCAACCUUAGCGUGCCUACGGGGCGCUUCCAGAACCGUUCGCAUUUGGUGGGGAACGUCUUACAAAAUGACGGCUCCCUCCUGCUCCAAAACGUGCAGGAGGCUGAUGAGGGAACCUACACCUGCGAAAUCCGCUUCGAGAAUGAGAGCAAGGUGUUUAAAAAGUCCGUGGAACUGCUUGUGCUGCCAGAGGAGCCAAAAGAGCUCACAGUCCAUGUAGGCGAUUCAACUGAGAUGGGAUGUUUUUUCCAGAGCACAAAAAUGAAGCAUGUGACCAAGGUGGAAUGGAUGUUCUCUUCCGGAAAGCAUGCCACGGAGGAAGUUGUCUUGCGCUAUGACUUCAACAUGCCUCGUGGGCACUCCCAGAGCCAAGGCCGCUUCCAAAACCGUGUAAACCUGAUGGGCAACAUCUCCAACAACGAUGGCUCUAUCAUGUUUCAAACAGUGAAGCUGUCUGACCAAGGGGCCUACACCUGUCGCAUCUACCUGGGGAAUCUGGAGUCCAGGAAAACCAUUGUGUUGCGUGUGAUCCAGGAAGAACCUCGAAGUAUCCAACAUUUGGGGUCGAUUUCAACAACUCCUCGACCUAAGACCCAUCAGCCGGUGACCCUGAAUGGGAAUCAGCUGGUGAUAAUUGUGGGGAUCGUCUGCGCCACGCUCUUGCUGCUCCCUGUUUUGAUACUCAUUGUGAAGAAAACCCAGUGGAAUAAGAGUUCAGUGAGUUCUGUGGCCUCCUUGAAGAGCCUCGAGAGCAAAGAGAAGACGAACCCAGAGAAACAUGUCUACUCCUCAAUAAGCACGUGGGAGACGAUGGAGGAAGGACCACGUGGACAAUCAGAGGCCACCUACAUGACCAUGCACCCAGUUUGGCCCUCUCCCUCCAAAGCACCCAAUAUGACCUUCUCUUCAGUCAGAUCCACAUAAUUCAAUUGGGG